AUGCCAGCAGGCUUAAGCGGCGAGGCCAAAGCUGGGGGUCCUCGAAUCGCCCUCGCCCGAGGCCCCCUGGCAGAUACGGCGUCCCCGGCAGCGACACAGCGAGCAGCUUUACUGCAAGCUCGGUAUUUCGCGGGCGAGGCUACGAGCCUCGCUCCUACCGAGGAGGGCGGCCAAGUGUCCCCUCCGCUGGCCAACCCAUGGGUCGACGUCACAGGCGUGUACCUGGAGGAAGAUCCCGGGAUGAUAAGCAGCCGUCUGAGACGCUGGCAGCAGCCGAAGCCUCUCAAAGUGCCAAAGGGCGGCAACUCAUCUGCCCACUCGCUGCCGUUGGUAGAAACGCCCGGACUGAAUCAUCAUUACCAGCCGCAUAUCCCACCCUGGUAUUGUAGCCCGCCGUACGGUCAACACCCUGGUCCGUCCGUGUCCUUUUACCAUAACAAGAAGCCGAUUGAUGUCAAGCAAGACUCAACUCGGCCGAAACAUGUCGAAAACAGCAAAGUGGAGGCGCAGUUGAAGGCACAGCAAGAGCAGCAAGAGCAGCAAGAGCAGCCAAAAGCCAAGGAGGAGAGCAAUGAAGUGGUCGCAAAAGCAAGGAAGGAGGGCGAGAUUGCCGCGAGAAUUCAACUCCGUGGUGAGCUGGAGGCAGAGCGGCUGGUGGUGGAGCAGAAACAAAAGAUGGAAAGAGAAAUUAGGGCGAAAUUGGAAAUCGAAUCAUGGGAAAAGGCGGCGGAGAAGGAAGCCAAGGCAAGACAGGAGGACGAGUUGGAUAAGCGGGCCAGGGACAGGAUACUGCGAAGCAUGGACGAAAUGAUGGAGCUGGCCAGGCAAAAAGCUUUGCACGACAUGGAAAAGGAGAAGCUCGUGGUCCAGAGGAAGCAGGUAGAGCUGGAACAGCUACGAGCCGAGGUUCGAGCCGAGAUUCGAGCCGGGAUACGGGCCGGGAUACGGGCCGGGAUACGGGCCGAGAUUCGAGCCGGGAUACGGGCCGAGAUGGCGGGUCAACAAGGUCUGAGACGAGACGACGACGGAAAGAAGCACGAGGAAGCCGCGACGCCCAGACCGGCAUCAAGGCCGGCAUCCCAGAAUAGCCUUCCCGUCCGCUCUUUCAGCACCACCGGCCGACACCUGUCUUCAGAGCAAGGGAGCUGGCUACCAUCCCAAGGCCGUAGCACUUUGUUACAACGACCGCCCAGCCCACACGACGCCCCCAGAGACCCUGCCGACGGCAAAGAAGAGGAAAGCCUGAGUCAACCGCCAUCCGAGCCAGCUACUUCUGACGACUUGGGUUCCGAAUCCGGUAGCCAGAAAGCUUUCUGGAGGAUGAGGGAAAUGGGCAUGCGCAUGAACCUGCGGCUCGUCAAGCAAGAGCUGAUUGAUCCGGUUGUGAAUCUGGUGAUGCAAGGGCUGGUCGAACCGCCGGACUGGAGCAUGCCAACAGGAGUGCACCAAGACGAUAUGCGGCAUCAGCAUGCGUCUGAGUGGGAUGGACGCGACCCACUGUCCCACUGUCUCGAGGGGGAACCAGAGCCAUUUCGCUCGGAACCGUUGGAGUCGGAACCAAGAGAAUCUGGCUUCGCAUCGAACCGACGUUCCCAUUCACGGGCGGAGCCGCGCGGGUCUGGCGAGAGUCCUUGCCAUCAGGCUCAUGAGAAGAGCCGUCGGCGAAGUGACGGACGGCGGGACGCGGUUUCUUUUCAUCCAGUGAAGAUAUCGGGUGAAGAAGAGCUACCGCGUGCCGAGGUGGAAGAAGUUGAUGCUGAAGCCGAGACGCUUGACGUGGAGUCUGCCACUCGAGGACCUCUCGGCGAGCAGCAAAGUUACAAUAAGGCAGGAAGGGACGGGGUGCUGUCAAGGGCCAGCGGCAAGGCUCCGGAGGGCAAAGUUGACAAGGCGGCAUCGGUCGUCCAUGAAGAGAGGGCUGCAGACCAGGCGGGCCUAGAUGCAACGGCGCAGUCGACGAAGCUGAAAAAGCGACAGAACGAGGCCCCGGGGAGCACGACCGAGAUUCCUCGCAGACGAGACGGAUUGCCCGCCAGUAUGGUGAAUUCGCAGGGGCCAGACCGUCGCCAAUGGCACGGGCUGGCUGGCAGCAGGGACAUCUCAAUUGUGAGGUCGGCGAUUGAGCGACUGAUGAUGUCUCGUUCGUAUGCGCAAGACUCGAUCGAUUAG